AACUCGGGUUCUUCAACAUCCAGGCUAUCUCGGAUGAUUGAAUCGAUUGCACGUGGCCUCGGCUCCACGAGGCUCGCGGGCAUGUUGAAGAUGCAAGGGCGCAGGCACCAAUCAAUGGUGAUGCUCCUUGCUUCUAGGCAGACGGCUUGGCUGUCUGGAUAAAGUGGCCCGCAUGUCACCGAACACCGCCACAACAACACUCCCGGUCAGAGAAUAAAUCCACCAUGUCCAGGUCGUCGUGCCCUCGUGAACCCUUGCUGAUGAAGAGGCAAAUCAUCCCGGAUCACAACUCCCCCAGCGCGAAGAAAGCCUGCACCGGAAGCACAUUCCACGCGAGCCCGGUCCCUUGCCGCCAGCAGGGGUCACUCUUGACACUGCCACAAGAAGUGCUUGAGCUGAUCAUCACCUUCGCCGCCCACGAUUAUUCUGAUACCUGUGGUGGUCGGGAAUACUAUUUCAGCUACCGGACAGUGGCAGACCUGGCCAUCGUGUGUCGUCGCCUGUACGGAAUUGCGACCCCAAUUCUCUAUCGGAGCAUUUCGCUGGGAGAUAUACAACCGAGCGAACUCCAUCGCACCCUCCAGACCAACCCACGUCUCCGCCAGUAUUGCCGGAUCCUGUUUCUUGAUGCUAGCACAAUCCCGACAUCCUCUUGGACCGAUUUCGAUGUGGUGGGGGACAUCGUGAGUUGGUUGACCCGCGUCAAGAAAUUGAACAUCUUUUGUCCCUACCACUGCACAAGAGACGGCAAGGUUGACUAUGUCGGCAGCCUAUGGGACACGGUUGUAAAGGCCACCCAGCACAUGCACGAGCUGGAAAGCCUCGAAUGCAUCGGGCUCGGAUUCAUGUGGGUUCUGGGAUCCGUCCAAUCGCGGUCGGUGAGCAUGUUGACCAUCCGGAAUGGGGGAGGGGACCGUAGAAACGUGAAGAUGCCAGUGAAUACAAGCCAAGAGUCCUCGGUCACGGAAAUCUCGCUGUAUGGGUGUCGUGAAACUCCGGAAGACAUGGCCCAGCUACUCCAAUGGCCGAAAGCACUGUCGUCCUUUCACAUGGGCUGUUUCAACGUCGACCUCGACGGGGUGAAAUAUAGCUACUCCAUGUUCGAAACCUGGCUUCGAAAACACCAGACCACUCUGCGGUCCCUGACGAUGUGUGGUCUUCCGGGUGAUAACGUGGACGAACGCGCGUUCAAUGCCUCGGCGUUUCCCCAUCUGGAGAGUCUGAGGCUGUCCCGAUGGAACAUGGGCACCAAGCUGUGGCUGUCAGACACGGAUGCCGACGAGCUGCUCGGGCCCAGUCUCAAAACGUUCACGUGGGACUUUAGGAAGUUGGCGGAUCAGAAGGGAUCCUGGAUGGAUUUUGGCGAGGAAGAGGAAAAUUGGAUUAGGGCAUUUGCUCGAGCUGCGGUGGAAAGAAAGGCCGCGCUGAAAUCGAUCAGAAUCGCAUUUAGUUCGUUUGACCGUGGACAAGGCACGAUAGGGUAUCCUUGGGGCCGCAUGGCUAGGGUUCGGGAUGAGUUUGAGCCAGAUGGCUUGAUUGUGACCUGGGAUACCCCGGUGCUGAUUGGGGAGGACUGGCCAGAUGCCUCGCCGCAGUGUGUAUACGCAGUGGAGUCCCUAUACGAGGUGGUGACUCAUGAUGACUGUCCCAGCCCUGGGGAGAUGGAAAUAUUGAUGCGAGAAGCACACCUGCCGGGGAUGAUGGCUUAGACAUAGUUGAUGAGGAAUAUUGGUCUCAAUAGAAGCAUCGGCUGAGGAUUGCAGUGGUCAUACGCUGACGGUGUUAGCUAUUCUUGCCAGUAUGUCAAAAGUAUUCAACUUACGUACAAUCUACACAUCCUACGCGACACCCCAAUAAGA